AUGGCCGUUCACAUCCAAAGCACCAGGGAAGCUGAUGCAACAGGCCUCGACGGACCGAGGUUCGAGACAGCGGCGGGGGCAGUGCUGCGCACGGUGACGGCGCCCUGGUGGCUCUUCCAGGCACUGGAGGAGAAGGAAGCCUCCGUCAUCGAUUCCCUGGAGCACUCCGAGCUGGCGGACGCGGCCUUGCUGGCCUGCCUCGAGGCUUUCCGGGAGCCCGAUGCCGAGGGCCGACCAGAGACCACCUCGCCGGGAGUCAUGCAGCCAUCGGCAGCCUUUGUCGAGAAGCUGCGAGAGAUCCCCCGUGUCAUGAAGGACUUUCUGCUGGACAAGGAUGCCGAGUUACCGUCAGAGGCGCAGUGGCUCAGUAGCAAGCCCUGGCUGGAGCGCAGCUACCACCGCCAAGCCCUGGUCUACGUGUCAGCCUGGGUGGCAUCCCUGGUGUGGUGCGUGAGGUUCCGCAGCGGAGUGGCGACCUGUGCCAUCCUGGUCGCCUGGCUUCUGCCCUUCUCUUGGGUGACGUUGAGCAACACUCUGAGCGAGGUCCUGGGUACCACCGGAGGCGUCAUCCUGGGCAGCUUGCCCAGCUUUGCCAUGCGGUUCAGCCCCAGCUUCCGCAAGCACCCAGGGCAACCUGGCCCGCAUGAGAUGUUUAUAUGCUUCGCCAUCAUGUACCUGCUCUGGACACUGGCCACAUACUACUCCCAAGUGCAAGCAUUUCAGUGGCGAGUUGCAGCCUUGUUUUGGUCCUGCUUUGGCGGCGUGGAGAUGUUGCGGGACUUUGGCCUGGCAGAAGACUUCAGGAGCUACAUGUGGAAGCAGCGGUCCUGGGACACGCUGGUGGAUUUGUCCUUCGGCUGCGGCUUGGUCUUCUCCCUGGAGCUGGUGAUGGGCGUCUUGUGCCGGGAGCUCUCCGCCAAGCUCCGCGUGGCCAAGGCCUGCUCCGAGUGCCUCAAGCUGGUGGCGGUGAUCGCCGGCACCUUCCAGGACAGCGAUGGCUACUUGAUGCGCGGGCAGGCUGCAGAGAUGCUCAGCCGCGCCACGCGGCAGCAGGAACAGCUGCAGGCUGGAUAA